UGGCUUCUUGCAGAGCUGAUCCUCCAUUACUUUGCAAAGUGACAACAGACGUCAAACAGCUCAGGACAGCAUGGACCUUACAGAUUAUGGAGCUGCAGCCAUGAGGAGGGGGAGUUAUGAUGAUGCAGCUGCUUCAAUGCACCCUCACUUCAGACAUUUGGCUCAGAGGCGGCGUUCUGCUCCGUCCCUGGUUUUUGGGAAGGCCCUUGGGAUGCCAUGGUCUCCUAUCAGGGAAGAGGCUCCCUGCUGGGUGUCUGUUGAACAGAGUCCGUUUGUCCUGGGUUUGACCAGCGAGAAUGGUGAACUGCUGUUGGACGAAUGUGCCCAAGUCACUGAGGGGACGAAGACUAAGGAGCGACACCUGUUUCUUUUCACUGAUGUCCUCAUCUUCGCAAAACUAAAGUCAACAGCCAGCUACCGCCUAAAGCAAAGAGUGAACCUGGAGGACGUUUGGCUUUGUGACUUUGAGGAGGAAGAGGAAGAAGAGGAGGACGACAGUGGGACAGCGGGGGACGUUGAUCCCAGGCUGACUCUUGUCCUGGCUUGGGCUCUCACUUUUUGUCUCGUGUGUUUUCGCUCGCCUGAGGUGAAAGAACGCUGGUCAGAUACUCUUCACAGAAAAAUUAGAGACGCAAAAACGAGGACUGGUUGUGCUUCUUCCUCACCCCCGGACGUCCUCAUGAAGGUGUUGAGUGGCAGCAUCGUUACUAAAACUCUAACAGGAGGUGGCAUGGAGCAAAUAAUUGUGCUUACACCGGAGGGCGAUGCGAAGAACUGCGUUUUGUCAAAACAGUUGAACAAUCAAGAGGAGCGACUGACACAGUCCUCUGAAACCAAAUGGAACCUGGUGAGGAACAGGAUGAAGCUCAGGAGGACUUCCAGCAAGGCAUGCCACGCAAAUAAAGGCACCAAGAAUCAGCUGUUUGGGCAGCCACUUAGCAACAUCUGCCCAGAUGACUACUCGCUUCCCAAACCCAUCACAGACCUGCUGCUGCUGCUGAAGAAGAGGGGCCCGUCUGCGGAGGGAGUGUUUCGGAAGCCGUGCAACACGCGGCUCAUGAAGGACCUCAGGGAGCAGCUGGAUAACGGCACAGAUGUGGACCUUGAGGGUCAGCAGGUCCAUCUGCUGGUCGGACUCCUCAAAUGUUUCCUGAAGGAACUUCCCCACAGCCUGCUCAGGUCUGACCUUUACAACAGGUGGACAGCAGCUCUGGACCAUGAAGACACCGAGCAGCGAACUCUGGAAAUCAGAAAGGUACUCGAUGAUCUUCCGGGGCCCAACAAACUCCUCCUGCAGUACCUGGUCUGCCUCUUCCACUGCAUCCUAGAGAGCUCAGACAUCAACAAAAUGGACGCCUCCAAUCUGGCGGUGUGCAUUGGCCCCACCUUGCUGCAGCUGGAUGGCACGCCACUGGACGGGCAGAGGGAAAAGAUGCAGAAGGCCACAGAACUUACUCAGUUCCUGAUUGAGAACUGCAUGAUUCUUGGAGAAAAUAUUCCAUGCUUGCUGGAUACAGAUGAAGACUCCCUUUCCUCAGUCCACCAUGACUCUGCGUACGACAGCACUGACCCGGAUGGCGAUGGAGAGGUGGGAGAGAAGAGAAGCUCCAUAGAUGGAGGCCGUGGCUCGUCUUCUUCGUAUUCAUCCCUCAGUCCCAGCAUAACCACCUCGUCCUGGCAAUCCGACGCCGCCUUCGACAACAAGGCUCCCUUCAACCGCCGCUGCUCCGAACCCAUCCUCCUCCUCCCGGAGAAUCUGGAGAACCUGUGCAGCCACGCCAGGAGCCACGACGACUGCUACAUGCAGCGGGACGACUUCGACGGCCAGCCGCUGAAAAAGCAGAUCUCAGACGACUCCUUCUUGCUGAAAAGCCGUGGUGGAGCCAGCUCGGUUUUGUCUUUCCCCAAGCUGAGCUGCAGCUCCAACAUGGAUCUGCUGCCCUACAUGGGCAAGGACUGCUCCUGUUCUUCCCUGGAAAGUACCGCCUCGAACCAAUCCGAGAGCUCCGUCUUCACCAGUUCCCCCACGGGCUCGCCAAGGUGUUCCAAGAAAGACAACAGUCAACCUUUGGUGACGACGAAUGGCAAACUGGACGUUCCCAGGCCGAUUUCAGAGGAGAAGAGGAGAUCGCAGUCCAUGAGGGUGGCCUCUAAGGUCCUGAUGAGAACCAGGAGCUUGGGUGCCUUCAGCAGAAACAGCCUAAAGAAGGACGCUCAGAAGGAAAAUUCCUUCCCAGAGACUCUUCAGGAGGAUUCGCAGAGUGAAGCAGAUCCCUCCGCCGACGUUCUGUCCGCCAUCGAAGUGUUCAAGCAGGUGGACAGCAGGCUUCCCUCCAGACCUCCAUCAUAUGAGCAGGCUGUGCAGAACAUUGCACCCCCUCCGCAUUAUGGCUCCAUGACCGUACAGGAUGCCAUAACGAGGUCCCGCCCUUCCUCUAUGAACUAUGACCUUCCAGUCAGAGAGUACUUAUACAACCAGGACUGCUUCUCUCAAAUGGCACAGGACACAGUCGUGGAGCAGCGGCAGCCGUUUCGCCAGAGAGCGAUGUCCGAGUCGGUGUCCAAAGGCCAGCAUGAGAUGGUGUCCCGGAGGUGCGUCCAGCCAGUGUUCGAGGAAUUUUCGUAUGCAAAGGAGUCUUAUGUUUGAAAAUACUAAAAAAGUUCCUCUAAAGUAGAAAUAAUUUAGUUGAAAUUGAGUGAAGCUAAAGCAAAGAGUUAAUUUCUUUCUGUCCCAGAUUUAGUCACAGUUUUUGUAUAGUUGGACUUCCAAUGAUGGCAGCAUGUUUGGAACUGUUCUAUGCAUUGUAAAUAUGCUUGCAGCUGUUUUUGUACAGAAAAGUUUAUUUUUCAUCUUUUUGUUUAAAUGAAUGUCAGUGAUGUGCCUAAUGUGAAGAUGCACAUCCUCAGUAGUACUAUUAAAGUACAAAUAUUACAUUAUAUGUAGUUACCAUGAUAGAUAUCUAGUCUAUCACCAAGAAGCUAUGAACACAGUUGUCUGUGGACGAAAUAUGCUAUGAGUUUCUAUGUUUCGUGUGUUUUAUGUGCAACAUAUGACAUCGAGCACAGUUCAUUUUUCUUUCUUGUUUUGCUUUUUGUGAAUGCACUUCACUUUUCACGGUCUUCCUCUCCCACUACACUAAAGCACUUUUAAUUACGACUAGUUAUGCUUUCCCUAUUUGUAUGCUAAAUUGUAAAUAGAUUUACACACCAGCAGAUACAAAUGUUUGCUAUCUGUAAAACCCAAAUAAUAUAAAUGGUUCUAGAUGACUAUGUGAGAAAAUAAAAUAAAAAUAAAAUAUGAAAAAUAAA